GCAUUCGCUGGUGACAAUGUAAACAGAGUUGCUAAGGAGUUAGAUUUCCAUUUAACUCAUUUUCUUAGAAAAAAACUAAAUAAGUUUGAACAUAAGCUAUCUCUCUAUUAUAAUUUAACCGAGUUUACUGCAAUUAGUGCAUUAUGGCUGACGAGGAAGGUCAGAAAUCUGGAAGUCCAAAACCUGAGUCUCCCCAGCCUGCGGAUCCAGAAACCACAGAUGCUCCAGGGACUCCAACAAGAGCUGAUGCUGCAGGUCGAAAGUCAAAAAGUCCAGAGGCACAAGAGGUACAGGAAUCUAAGAGCCCAGAACCAGCCGAAGAAGGCCAGGGUGAUGCUGAAAAUGUGAAUGAAAAUGCUGGUGGUGAGGAGCAGACAGAUGGAGAUAAGCCAACCAACGAUGGAACUGAUGAGACGCAAGAACAGGAGGGAGAACAACAAGAAGUUCCAGCUGAGACAGAAGAAGCUCAGCAAGAGGAGCAGGGUGAAGAGCAAGCAGGUGAAGAUGAACAGCAAGCUGGUGAUGAUGAACAACAAGCUGAGGCAGAACCUGCUGAAGCUGGGGAGAGAGCAUCACCUGAAGGUGAACAACAGCAGACAGAGGUUGACAAAGCCCAAGAGGAGUCUGGUGGUAAAUCUCCAACACAAGAACAACAGCAGCCACCUGCAGCAGGGACUGAUGCUCGACCAUCCUCCCAGGCAAGCCUGAAGAGCCAGCCGACAGAGAGAGGUCCACUGGAGGUGGCUCAGAUACCGGAUGCCCCACAGAUACCAUCUCCAGAUAGGCCAGAGUCAGAGAUGGAGGGAACAAUGUCCAAUGCUGCAUUGAACAUCAUUUGGUCAUUUGGCCUGAAUAGAAAUGUCCGAGUAUUGAAUCUCACAGACAAUACAAGAAAAGUUAUUAUGUACACAUGUGCCCAUGUCGGCAUUCUCUAUGACUUCAACAGCAACAGACAACACAUACUGCAGGGACAUUCCAACCCAAUCACCUGUACAUGUGUUAGCGAGGACAAGCGCUGGUUGGUGACAGGAGACAGGGGAAAAGACAGCAUGGUCAUUGUAUGGGACACAUACACAGGCGUUCCUAUCCAGACGAUAUUUGACACAAGUAAUAGUGAUGAAGGGGGCGUGGUUGCUGUGGGGAUGACUCCAGACGCCAAGUACCUCGCCACUAUCAGUGCUGCUAAAUCACAGGUUUUAUCGAUCUGGGACUGGACAGUGGAUGGGGACACGCCCCUCUGCUCUGCGGAACUCAAGUCCACUUACGGCGUUCAGAACUUCAUCUUGUUCAAUCCCCAGGACAUUCAUUACCUGGUCACCAACAGUGACUCACAGGUCGUCUUCUAUAACUGGAGCAAUGGUCACAUGGAGUACUUUGCCCCGCCUCUGACUGACCAGGACUUUAACAAGCAAGUAGGCCGCUACAGCCAGUCCAUCUUCCAAGCCAACAGCUCACGCGCCCUUACAGCCACCUCCAUAGGCAACCUUGUAGUCUGGGAUAACAACAAACCUGUUACAAAAGAACAAAUGGAAGAAAUAUAUAGAAAUGAUGAAGUGAUCAGCUCUGAGCCCUCUGCCAACAAGAAGGCCUUGAAGAUCAUCAGGCUGCAGGAGCGGGGGAUCAACGUCAUCACAACCACAGACAAGUACAUAGUGGUCGGUGAUGUAGCAGGUCAUGUGAAGUUUUUCGACCAAAGCCUGAAGCUGGUCCACUGGUAUCAGGACCUGAACUUGGGGCCUGUCUCUGCAGUCUCCUUCGCAUUCAAUCCUGACUUCCUUGGCAUUGCCCGUGAAGGCACAAAUUACCCGCCAGACGCCACGAUCCAGGCCCGCCAAUUUGUGAUCAGAGACUUCGUGGUGGGCUCAAGUAUCGCGGUGUUUGGUAACGUAACGGCAGACGGAACUGCGGUCAAGGUCAUCCACCGGGAACACGACGGUCCUAUCCACUCACUCGCCGCUCAUCCCACACAGCCAGCGGUUGUUAUUGGCAGCUAUUCGGGUCUUCUCAAGGUCUGGAAUUAUGAAAAGAAGCAGGUGAUGGUGUCUCGAACAUUUGAACGCGGAAACCUGAUUCGCUGUUGCUCAUACUCACCAAAUGGCGCAUAUCUGGCGGUGGGUUUCAUGAAUGGAAGUGUGCGGGUGCUGGACUCUAUCACUCUGUUAGACGAGCUUCAGGAGCCGUUCCGCUACUCUCGGGACGCCAUCACACACAUUGAGUUUUCACAUGACUCCAAGUACCUCGCCACUGCUGACGCUGAAUACACGGUGUCCGUGUUCGUGCGGCAGCAUGGCGUGCACGUGGCACCGUACGUGUACCUGGGACGUAACCGCGCCCAUUACAAGCCAAUCAAGGAGAUCAUGUUCGGAAUACAACUGGAUGCGGACUUUCCCAGGCUGCUGUCGCUGGGGACUGACAGAGUUCUGGUUGAGUAUGACCUUGAGAGGAGCAGCAAGGACGACCUUCAGAUCGCGAGCUCAGACCGUAUAGAGCAGAGCGCCGUGCCCCAGUGUAUGACCUGGUACCCUCCUAUCACCAAGGAGCACUUUAUAGUCACCGCGAACGAUCAGUUUAAAUUCAAGUUAUAUAAUGCAACAACAAAGAUGUGCAGAAAGACAUUACUUGGACCCACAUACGGAUCUCCAGUACAAAAAAUGUGUGUAAUCCCGACCAAAGAUCCUGCCCGGGACAAGCGUUACGUUGCGUAUAUAACGGAGUACAAGGUCGGCAUGAACAUCCUGCCGCUCGACGGGAACCCCCACAAUGCCAUGGCACUUAUUGGCCAUCCCAGCGGCGUCGCCAACAUGGUGUGCAGCAACGACGGCCGCUACCUCUUCACUGCUGGUGGAACUGACGCCACCGUUCAUAUGUGGGAGAUUAAUAUCAACGCCCUUGAGGGCCAGUCUUCGCUGGGUGGAGAGGACCUGAUUCCUUUCUAUGGGCUGCUAGAGGGCGGCCGCGAGGGGGAGCUCUUCAAGGAGCUCGAGGACUACUUCUACUACGCCCAGAUACGCAGACGCCUGUUAGACGAAAGCCAGGGCGUGAACGCUAUGGAUUCCCGGGAGGUGUCGGUGAAGAUCCCUCUGUCCGAGGUCCCUUUCGUCAUGCGGGCCAUGGGAUUCUACCCAUCAGAACAAGAGAUCGAGGACAUGCUGAAUGAGGUGAAAUUUAGCCGCUAUGUCGAGACGGGAAGUUACGUGGAGGCCAUCGAUCUAGGAGAGUUCAUCAAAUUGUACAUCAAUCAUCGUCCGGCGUUCGGGUUGUCGCCCGAGCGGCUCGUGAAGGCGUUCGAGACUUUAGGACUGCCCGCGGGCAAGGCCGGACCCGCCAUCAACCGCGGGGACCUGCUGGAGAUGCUACAGACCAAAGGGGAGCACAUGACGGAAUACGAACUGGCCGAGUACCUGAUGACGUUGCUAGGCUACCACGCGGAAGGUGGAAGUAGCGAGCUGCAGGAGUUCGACACCAACAUCGCUGGUGACGUCAUCAGCGACCACCUGCCCGUUGACAUCACAGCUGAAAUGUUCGCAAACGAGGUUCUGGGCUUCGGUAUGAACCAGGACUCCAGCCAGGGGAAAGCAUGAAUAAAUAUAUGGAGAGGAAAAUGAAAUCUUGACUUUGAAUGAAGUAUAAUCUACUUCUAAAAUGAAUAAAGCAAACUACAAACAUUUGUGAAUAAACUGUAAUAGGUUUGCUAUAUGUGUCCCGAGAAUGUCAUGUUGCAUUUUAUAUAAAACUAUGAUUCAAACAGUGUUUAUGUUUGUUAUAUAUUAAGAAACUGUGAUGGUAUUUGUAUAUUGUUUUGUUAUUUUUUUAUUUAUUUUUAUUGUGUAUUGCAUUGAAACAAACUAAAUAAAACAUCAA